UAUAUAUGUAGUCGUUAAAUCAACAUGAUUAGUGGCAGUUUUAGUUUACUCUAUAUUGUAUUUGUUUGUACAUAUGGCAGAAAAGAAGGCUGUUAUAAAAAAUGUUGACAUGACCGAAGAAAUGCAAAAGGGUGUAGUGGACAUUUGUACUGUGGCAUUAGAUAAGUAUAACAUUGAAAAGGAUAUCGCUGCUUACAUUAAGAAAGAAUGUGAUAAACAGUACAAUCCAACAUGGCAUUGUAUAGUUGGGAGGAAUUAUGGCAGCUAUGUAACUCAUGAAACAAAACAUUUUAUCUACGUAUACAUUGGACAAGUCGCAAUUCUUGUUUUCAAAUCUGGUUGAUUAAUCUCAUGAUUUACCUUAUAAAUUUUUUUAUAUAAUCAGUCAUCUUAGUUUUCGUCUUUAACGUCACUGGGGUAAUCUCCAAGCCGCUAAGUUACAUAGUUUGUGUUUUACCCGCUAUUUUUGCUUGACCUGGUCAGAGUAACGGAACGAAAGCUGCGCUCAGUCAGUCGACCAGUCAAUAUUAACAUGGGACUUGGUGUUACUGCACAAAGAACUAAACCACAUAUCAGAACAUUGGGCGGGAUUACAUCGAGAUGAGAGAUAUAGAAAUCAGGAAGAAAACAGUGGACCAAGAAGAGGUAACAAUAGUGAGAUUCAGCGCAGCGAUUAAGGUAAUAUGUGGAUACAUUCUUACCAUUCCGAUCAGUUCUGAGCUAUAUCACUUUGUCUUCAACCACCGGUUUAGAUUAUCAUGCAAACCCCAACUGAAAGCCUUGCAUCUCAUCACUGCACAUCUGAGACUGACAGUAAAGGACUAAGUGGAUUGAUGUUAUGUUUUAGUCUGACCACUGCUAAUUUUUUCCCCCGUCUGAACAUAUAUCAGCUAACAAAGUGUAAUAAUGCAAACGGUGACUAGGCAUGCGUCACGCAUAUCCCAGUUGUUAUAGCUGCAUAGUCUCAUCAACUGACUUUCCUCUUCUACCUGAAAACUACGCCUGACUUCUACGUAACUGAACUGGGGUACUCCAAUAUAUAGCCUGUGUUACCAAGGCAACUAUGGUCAAAUACCUGGAGCGUCUCCGUAUGUCCUCUACCUUCAACCCCAUGUCUCGCAGCUACAUAGUAGAACUGAGGCAGUUAGUAUCACAGCAGCGUAAGCACGCGAAAGCCAAUCGAACCUAAUGGUCCAGUGUAGGUAUGUUGUCUCUACUAGUAGUGAUGCACCAGGGGUGGUCCGACGUAGGUGGACUGGUCAAAUCUUUCUGGUCUCAACGGCUCUGCUGUUCAUGAGCCCUACUGAGGCACCUAAUAGUAAUAUAGUCUGGAACUGUAUACACUGUUUGUCAACUUGAUUUCCCACUACUAACCCAAAAGAGUUUCUUUCCCUUCUUGAAGAACGGGAUAAUCAGAGAUUGAGACCAUAUCUGGUUCUCAUACG